AACAUCAACAUUGCCGCCAUUUUCGAUUCAGUUCUGAACAAAAACAGAAAGACCAAUGAAAAAAGAUAAAUGUUGAAAGACAAGAUAAAACAAAAUGCCAAGAGAAAUCAUAACACUACAGUUAGGACAAUGUGGAAAUCAAAUUGGUAUGGAAUUCUGGAAACAGCUUUGCUCUGAGCAUGGAAUCAGUCCUGAGGGGAUACUUGAGGACUUUGCAACAGAGGGUACAGACAGGAAAGAUGUAUUUUUUUAUCAGGCUGAUGAUGAACAUUAUAUUCCCAGAGCAGUUUUAUUGGAUUUAGAGCCCAGGGUUAUCAACUCUAUAAUGAACUCUCCAUAUGCUAAUUUAUACAACCCAGAAAAUGUCUACCUCUCAAAGCAUGGAGGAGGUGCCGGUAAUAACUGGGCUAGUGGAUAUACACAGGCAGAGAAAUUAUAUGAAGAAAUAUUUGAUAUAAUAGACAGAGAAGCAGAUGGAAGUGACAGUCUGGAGGGUUUUGUCCUUUGUCAUUCCAUAGCAGGUGGAACCGGAUCAGGAAUGGGAUCAUAUUUAUUAGAACGGUUAAAUGACAGAUUUCCAAAGAAAUUAAUCCAAACUUAUUCAGUUUUUCCCAACUUAGAUGAAAUCUCAGAUGUUGUUGUACAACCAUAUAAUUCUUUAUUGACCCUGAAAAGACUAACACAGAAUGCAGAUUGUGUGGUGGUUUUAGAUAAUACAGCUUUACAUAGAAUAGCAGCAGAUAGAUUACAUAUAGACACUCCAUCAUUUGCACAGAUUAACCAACUGGUGUCAACAGUUAUGUCAACCAGUACAACUACAUUACGGUAUCCAGGCUACAUGAACAAUGAUUUGAUCGGACUGAUAGCUUCACUUAUACCAACACCCAGGUUACAUUACUUAAUGACAGGCUACACACCUCUAACAACUGCUGCACAGGUAGCUAGUGUAAGAAAGACAACAGUUUUAGAUGUGAUGAGAAGAUUACUACAACCUAAAAACAUGAUGGUAUCUACUCCUGUACACAGACAAGCUAAUCAUUGUUAUAUAUCUAUAUUAAACAUUAUCCAGGGAGAAGUAGAUCCAACACAGGUUCACAAGAGUUUACAAAGAAUUCGAGAACGUAAGCUAGCACAGUUUAUCCCUUGGGGACCAGCAAGUAUACAAGUAGCUUUGUCAAGAAAAUCACCCUACAUACAGACAGCCAACAGAGUCAGUGGAUUAAUGUUGGCAAAUCAUACUAGCAUUUCAUCUUUGUUCGAGAGGACAUUAAAUCAGUUUGAUAAGUUAAGAAAAAGAGAAGCCUUCAUGGAUCAGUUUAAAAAGGAGUCUAUAUUUAAAGACAAUUUGGAUGAGUUUGAUAAUUCAAGGGAAGUAAUUCAACAGUUAGUGGAUGAAUAUCAGGCAGCAACAAAGCCUGACUACUUAGCAUGGGGCACACAACAGCCUCCAAAGAAGUUAUAAAUGAUACGUAAUGCAUCUGGAUCAGUGGAUAGAAUUUGAAGAAUGGUGAAUGAAAUGAAUCUCAUCUAACCCACAUCAUAUGUCUGUGAUCUGACUUGUUUUAAGUGCUAUUGCCAUUUGUCUUACCACAAUGUGUUGGACACUGAUGAUUUUGGAAUUAUUUAUAGACACAAAUAGCCCAUGAAACAUUAUUGCAAUAAAAGUUUACUUAACAGCAAAAUAUUUAUAGGGAAUAGACAGUAACAGCAAGAUAUUUAUAGGGAAUAGACAAUGAUCUAUUAUUAAAUAUUUUGAGAAGUAUUCUGAUUAGAAAACUGAUGUUGUUAUACCUUUUAACCUGUCUUCAAAGGAAUGAGACAUACUGCUUUACCUCUGUUUGUCUGUCCUUCCAUCCAAUUCCAUUCAAUUCAAAGAUUUUAUUGUUUAAAUCAAUUAUAUUUAAACAAAGAGAUUGCAUAAAGACUCAGCCUAUAUAAAUCCUUCCAUUCCAUGAAAUUUAAGUGCAUUUAUCGCAAAAGGGAUGCAUUUUCACAUUCAUUGCCCAUCAACUUCCAGUUUACUGAAUACUUAUAUAUUAUCACCCAUAAUGACCAUACAUAACAUUUUUGUCAGUAAUUAUAAAAUCAGCAUCCUGAAAUUUGGUAUCAAGCUUAACAUGGGCAUGUUUUAAUUGUUUUCAAAUAAAUCAAUUGCACAUCAACUUCCCUUUUUUCAAAAACUUAUAGCAGAGGUAUCAUGAGUGAGCAAUAGCUAACACUUCAUCUUGUUGAUUGUUAAUACAUUAUGUAUUAUAAUUAUAAUGAAGAUGCAAGGGAAAGGUUUCCAUCAUAAUACAUUAAGAACAUGUCACAAGAUUAUUUUUUAAUAAUGUCAGUCAGGGGUACUACUUGUACAAGUUAUUUUUAUUUACUGGAAGAAGUACAGAAUAAUAUACUUAUAUAAGUAAACUUGUUAUAUUCAUAUUUUCUUAUAAGGUUUGAAUAAUCUCCCCUUGAUUGGAAAGAGUUCCAUAUGGCACCUCCACCAUACUAAAAGAACACAAUGAUGUAUUACAGUUUAUUCCGUAGGGUGCCAUAUGGAACUCUUUCUGUAAAAACAUGCCUUACUGUGCGGUAUGGGCUUUGCUCAUUGUUGAAGGCCGUACGGUGACCUAUAGUUGUUAAUUUCUGUGUCAUUUGGUCUCUUGUGGAGAGUUGUCUCAUUGGCAAUCAUACCACAUCUUCUUUUUUAUACUUAAACAGUUUUUCUCUAGUUAGCUAAUAAUUUAUGAUUAGAGUCUCAUUAAUUCAACAAAGAAACUAAUGCAAAGAUCUUAAGUAAUUGCGUAGGCCUUCAAAAAUUGCCCCUUGGAGGCUUGUAAAUGAGCAGUGUUUUGAAGGUAACAGACAAAUGAGAUUUUCAUUGUCCAUGAAAUUACACUGAAAUGGUUAUUAAAGACAUCUGUAAAAGACCGACAAUUAAAAAUUUUAUUAGAGCAAAGAAGUCCCGAGAAUUUCAAGAAAAUACGAUAGUAUGACUUUUUUACUUGUACAUGUAUAAAUAAAAAAAUCUGAAGGUCUAAGUGACAUAACUAAGCCAUUAAAAUAAUUCAGCCAUACAAGUAAAUAAAAUACACUUGUAUAAAUAUCUUACAAAUUUAUUUAUAUAAGUAUAUUAAUAUUUACUUCUUCAAGUAAAUAAAAAUAACUUGUACAAGUAGUACUCCUGACUGAAUGUAUUAUUCUGUAUGUGGAUUUGUCUUAAAUUGUUUAGAUGUUUGAAAUCUCUGAUAUUUGAAAACAAAUUCUCUGCUCAGUGAUUUAUAUAUUUGCAUCUGUCAAUGAAGAUUCUAGUAAUAUUAGGGAUUUUACAGAGACAGACAGAAUACCCUGACCAGGCUGUCAUUAAGAUAGCAUUUAUUUAGUAGCUUUAUGUAAAAAUCUGGCUAAAAUGCAAGAGACUAUUUUCACCAAAACAUAAAUAGAAUAUUUUUGUAUUGUAUUUUUGCAUUUUUAUUUUGUACCAAAUACAAGUUCAAGAACUUUUA